CAUGCAAUUAAGAAAAACUUAUAUAAGAGAUUUGAGCCAAUUCUCCUAUUUCUCACUCUUGUUAAAGAAGCUUGCUUAAUUAAACACCCAAUCCAGCUGCUCCAUUAUUUUGCCCAUCUUCUUAUAUAUGCAAAAACUCAUGCUUUUUUGAAACCUCAACUUACCCACAUUUUACUCUUUCUCACACAUAUUCUCUUCACCUUCAGUUCUUACUCUUAACAAAACCCAACUAUCAACAUGGUUAAUGAAAACGGAGAAAACGGGGUGACAAAAUUCUACACCAACGGACACACUACGUUCGAUCUCAACGUGAAACAAGUAGGAGAACCAACAUUGGUACAACCAGCAGAGGAAACUCCAAAGGGUUUAUACUUCCUAUCAAACUUAGACCAAAACAUCGCGGUCAUUGUACGUACAAUAUAUUGCUUUAAGUCAGAGGAAAAGGGAAAUGAGUUAGCAGGAGAAGUGCUAAAGGAGGCACUUUCUAAGGUGUUGGUGCACUUCUACCCUUUGGCUGGACGGCUAACCAUUAGCCCUCAAGGGAAGCUCAUCAUAGAUUGCACCAACGAUGGCACCCAAGGCGCGGUUUUCGUGGAGGCCGAGGCCGAUUGUAACGUGGAUGAAAUUGGUGACUCUACUAAGCCUGACCCUAUUACUCUUGGAAAAUUGGUUUAUGAUAUUCCUGGUGCUAAAAAUAUCCUUGAAAUUCCUCCUCUUGUUUCUCAGGUGACAAAGUUCAAGUGUGGAGGGUUUACACUAGGCCUAUGCAUGAACCAUUGUAUGUUUGAUGGAAUAGCAGCCAUGGAAUUCGUAAACUCGUGGGGCGAAACAGCCCGAGGACUAUCCCUUAACAUAACACCCUUCCUAGACAGGGCAAUCCUAAACACGCGAGACCCCCCUAAGGUUGAGUUCAAGCACCAAGAAUUCGAGGAAAUUGAGGACAUCUCUGGCACCAGUAACUUGUACAAUGAGGAAAUGCAAUACCGGUCAUUCUGUUUUGAACCAAAACACUUAGAGAAGCUUAAGGCGAAAGCAAUGGAAGAUGGAACCUUAAAGAAAUGCACAACUUUUGAAGCACUCUCAGCAUUUGUGUGGAGGGCUAGAAGCAAGGCACUUCAGAUGGAGCCUGAUCAAAAGACUAAGCUACUUUUCGCGGUUGAUGGCAGAUCAAAAUUUAAUCCUCCUCUACCAAAAGGGUACUUUGGAAAUGGAAUUGUCCUCACAAACUCUAUCUGCCCUGCAGGGGAACUGAUAGACAAUAACCUGUCUUACGGCGUAAAGCAAGUACAAGAGGCCAUCAAAAUGGUUACCGAUGACUACAUGAGAUCAGCAAUUGAUUAUUUCGAAACAACAAGAGCAAGGCCUUCUUUGAGCUCAACUCUUUUGAUCACUACUUGGUCUAGACUGUCAUUUCAUACCACAGAUUUCGGGUGGGGUGAGCCGGUUAUAUCAGGACCUGUAGCACUGCCUGAGAAAGAGGUUAUACUGUUUCUGUCUCAUGGAAAUGAGAGAAAAUCUAUCAAUGUGCUACUGGGAUUGCCUGUUUCGGCCAUGAAACGUUUCGCAGACCAGCUGCAAGAGGCUGAUUAAAGCUAAAUUCAGAGGAAUAUAUACAUAUAUUUGGGAAAUUAUAUAUCUGUUACAAUUUUUAUUAUAAAGUUGAUCUGUUGAUCAUCAGUUUAUUAUUGUCAUUCUACUGAUAGUAUUUAUAUUGUUUGUCUAGUACUAGUGGUAUGAUAUUGUUUGUCCUCUGUUAAAUAUUGAAUUUUUAGGUCAUUUUAUUUUCAUGGAAAAAUGUUGAUGAGUGAUGACCAACAAGUUGGAAAUAAAGUUAUUGUCAUUUUAUGUUUUUGUCAAGAUGUUUAGUGCAGAAAUUGGUAUGAUGUGAUUUAUUUU